GGAAAGUGCAAAAGGAAGGAACUUUCUCAAUCUUAAAAGCCAAUUCGAUCGUUCCUAUAAAGCAUAAACCCUCUCCGACAACUAGGCGGGAAAACCAUGGCGGCCGUGAAAGCCUGCGGUCCGGUGCUGUCGCGGCCGGUGACCUUCGUGACCGGCAACGCCAAGAAGCUCGAGGAAGUCCGCUCCAUCUUGGGUCAAUCCAUCCCCUUCCAGUCCCUCAAGCUCGACUUGCCCGAACUGCAAGGAGAGCCUGAAGACAUCUCCAAAGACAAGGCUCGAUUGGCUGCGAUCGAGGUCAAUGGACCUGUUCUGGUUGAAGACACUUGCCUCUGCUUCAAUGCCCUAAAGGGUCUUCCGGGGCCUUAUAUCAAGUGGUUUCUGCAGAAGCUUGGUCAUGAAGGUCUCAACAAUUUGUUGAUGGCAUAUGAGGAUAAAUCAGCUUAUGCUUUGUGCGCAUUUUCUUUCAUGAAUGGACCUGGUGCUGAACCAAUCACUUUUCUUGGAAAGACUCCAGGGAAGAUAGUACCUGCAAGGGGACCCACUGAUUUUGGAUGGGAUCCGAUCUUCCAACCCGAUGGCUACGAGCAAACGUACGCAGAGAUGCCCAAGGAAGAGAAGAAUACGAUCUCUCACCGCUACAGGGCUCUUGCACAAGUAAAAUCCCACUUCGCCGAGGCUGGUUACAUUUUCCAGUCUGACCCAUAAGAUGGAUGCUCAAGUGAUGGAGGAGGAGAAGGAACAGAAAGGCCAGAGAAAAUGCCAGGAUCAAUUGCUAGUGUUGCUUUUCCUGCAACUUUGUUAGGUGCAGUAAAUCAGCAAACCGGGCUUUCAUGGACAUCAUCUUUCAAUAGCGUCUAGAAGAGAUUGAUCAUAUCUGCAAUUGAACAAAUUGUGCAAACAUUGCUCAAUUGCUUGCAUAGCAAGCAUCAUGUAUUGUCAAACUUUUUGGAAGUGCUUGACAAAACCCUGAAGCAUCGUUUAUAUAAAAUUACAAAAAAAUGAUCAUAAAAAGUCUAUAUAUGCUGUUGUGGUUAAUUGCAUCUCCUGGCAAUACAUGAACAA